AUGGCUGGGAAAUUUGGUGAUUUUUCCGUGCCUUUUUAUUUUGGAUCAGAACCGUCGGGAAAGUGGGAAACAUCAACCGUGACGACAACAUUAACAUGUCCACGUUCUCAACGGUCGACUCUACAAAGGGACCAUCAAUCCCCGGGUGUAGUUUGCAAAAAGUCUUCGCUUAAACGCCAAGAAGAAGCCAAUAGGAGAUUUAAAUCAUACGAAAAGUAUUUUGAGCAUAAAGCUUACCUAUUUGGCCAUAGAUAUAGUAGUACUAGAGAAAUGAUGUGGGCUGGCAAACAUAGUUUUCCCUUUUCGUACACGCUUCCUGCCAAGCUACCAGCUUCUUUUCACGGAAGAUACGGUUACGUUCGUUAUUUUUGUGAAGCUUCAUUAGAACGUCUCAACCUUCCGACAAUACAAAGAUGCGCUUAUUUCAGUGUGAACACGAUAACGGAUUUAAAUACGGAUUCAAAAGCUGAUAGUAGCGUUAGCAAAGGUAAAAAAACAAAUUCUUGGUGUUUUUGUUGUGCCUCAGGUACGGUUAUAGUAUCGGUUAAAGUUAAAAGAAGAGGUUUUGUACCAGGUGAAACGAUACCCAUUCAAGCUCACAUAUUAAACGUCAGUGAUAAAAUGAUAUCAAAAGUUUCGGCAAAAGUUAUACAGAUAGCAACUUAUUAUUCGAGUAAAGCAUUUAGAAAUCAUCCGGAAGAAACAAUUGUAAGUGAAAGAAUAAAAGGUUCUGUACCACCUGGUGAAUCUUCGACGUGGGAAAAUGAAGGACCAAGAAUUCCUCCGGUACCAUCAACGAGUACCAUGUUGGAUUGUAAAUUAAUAACGAUCGAUUAUCGUCUCGAUUUUGUUUUAGAUAUAAUUGGAGUUAAAGAAUCCCAAGUCAUUCGGAUGCCUUUAAAAAUUGGUUCCGUGCCUUUGGAGAAGACUUUUAAAAAUUUUUUUAAUUCAUCUGAUGAAAAUGAUUCGCCUUUUACAACUCCGCUGCCUUCAAACAUUCAAACAAAAUAUUCUAACAUUCCCGGUCCGUAUAGUAUAAAAUGCGUGAGAGGAGAUCGACACGUGAAUCGUUAUUAUUUUCGUCAAAUUCCACGUGCGACUAGUAUCUCGACAGCGAUAACGUUCAGAAUGCCAAAUGCUCCACCGCAACCGAUAUUAACAGAUGAUUUUGCCGUUUAUGCUCCCAGAUAUUUAACUUAUAGAGAAAUAGAAAAACAGGAACCGGAAACGAAAAUAACGGGAAAACAAUUAACAUCAACAAUAAAUGGAAAAGUAUUAACCGAUGGUGGUGGAUUACAAAGACAUUUAGUUAUAAGAGUCACACCACCGGGUCACAGUCGUAGAAUCACGCCAUGUUCGGCAACGAGACUAAUACCGGAUGAAAUGUCCGAUUCCGGUUCCGUUUGGAAUUCUCCAAUUUCCGUUAAAUCGAUGACGUCUAAGAAAAGCCUUCCGGCGAUGAAACUCGAUCUCAUUACAUUCAUAUCCGAUCCGAAGGCUGUGAGAUCAGAGAAAUACAAACAAACGGUCAAAGAAUUUUUAGAACAAGAAAAAAUGAAUGAAAAAAUUGAUAAAUGCCAAAAUGAUGAUGGAAGGUAA